CAUUUUCUUGCAAAGCCCGCCAUAGACUUACCACCUUUGACCUUAAAAACUCUCUUUCUCUUCAACACGUUUUUUGUUCUUUCUUCUUAACUCCUUCUUCAAUGUCAUUAACAACCCCUUAUUUACACCUUAAACUUGUUAAUAUAAUCAUUCCAAAAAUUUCUACAAAACUUUUUUCUUUUUGCUCAAAACCUAGUUCCUUUGUUUAACAUAUCAUUCAUUUCAUUCAUUGUAGUAACACUUUCUACGUCUUGCUUAAUUAUUUUUGUUUUUUCAAGUGUUUUUUGUAGCAAAAGUCUAAAAUGUUCUAAACAUGUCUGAAGAAUCUUUGAAUUCAGACGCGUUUUAACUAAGCAGACAAUACCUCGGAAAGCAGUGUAGCAGAUUUGAGGUCGGAGCAGAUAAAACUUCAUAUGGAUUCUAAGAGGCCACUUUUGUUACAAUCUCCAAGAACACCAAAUGAUCAAUAUAUUCCUACAAUACCGGUUUUUCCUGAGCUACCAAAGUCGAAGUCAAGUUCAAGCAACACAGUAACAUUUUCCGGUGUUGAAUUCGGUCAAGUUGAGAAUAAAAACUCUUCAAACUCAUCAUCAUCAAGCAAAAGUUCCAUGUCCAUUCAUUCUAUGGGUUCUAGCAAGAGGAACAAUUCUGUGAGGGAAAUGAGUAGUUUAAACCAUUCAGGAUCAAAAAGUACUGUGAGGUAUGGUUCAAAAGGUGGUGGUGAUUCUGAAGGGUUAACCAUGUCACAAAGAGAACUUAGAGAUGAAGAUGCAAGAUUGGUAUAUAUAAAUGAUCCUGAGAAAACCAAUGAGAAUUUUGAGUUUUUCGGAAAUUCAAUUCGAACUGCUAAAUACUCAAUUCUCACUUUCAUUCCAAGGAAUUUGUUUGAACAGUUUCAUAGAGUUGCUUAUAUAUAUUUUCUCAUCAUUGCUAUUCUCAAUCAGCUUCCUCAACUUGCAGUAUUUGGAAGAUAUGUUUCGAUUCUACCGUUGGCUUUUGUUCUGUUUGUUACUGGUGUGAAAGAUGCUUUUGAAGAUUGGAGGAGACACAAUUCAGAUAAAGUUGAGAAUAACAGGUUAGCAACAAUUUUGAUGAAUGACGGUAGUUUCAUUGAGAAGAAAUGGAAGGAUAUUCGUGUUGGUGAGAUUGUAAAAAUCAAAACAAAUGAAACAAUUCCUUGUGAUAUUGUUUUGUUAUCAACUAGUGAUCCAACUGGUGUUGCAUAUGUGCAAACUAUUAAUCUUGAUGGUGAGAGUAAUUUGAAGACUAGGUAUGCGAAACAGGAGACAGGUUCAAAGGUUCAACCGAGGUAUACUGGUUUGAUCAAGUGUGAGAAACCGAAUAGGAAUAUAUAUGGAUUUAUGGCGAAUAUGGAAAUCGAUGGUAAGAAGUUAUCACUUGGAUCAACCAACAUUGUGCUUAGAGGAUGUGAGCUUAAGAAUACUAGUUGGGCACUUGGUGUUGCAGUCUAUUGUGGCCGCGAGACUAAAGCUAUGCUUAACAAUUCAGGAGCUCCAUCGAAAAGAAGUAGACUAGAGACGCGGAUGAAUUAUGAAAUCAUUAUGUUGUCGUUCUUUCUUGUUGCAUUGUGUACAAUCACGUCUGUUUGUGCUGCGGUUUGGUUGAAGCGCCAUAAGGAUGAGUUGAAUCUGUUGCCUUAUUAUAGGAAACUUGAUUUUUCAAAGCCGGUAGUUGAAGACUAUAAGUACUAUGGAUGGGGAUUGGAAAUCUUUUUCACAUUCCUUAUGUCAGUUAUAGUUUACCAGGUCAUGAUUCCUAUUGCUUUGUACAUUUCUAUGGAGCUUGUUCGUGUUGGCCAGGCCUAUUUCAUGAUCGAAGACGAUCGAUUGUAUGAUGAGGCUACCAAUUCAAAGUUUCAGUGCAGAGCUUUGAAUAUUAAUGAAGAUUUAGGGCAAAUUAAGUAUGUGUUCUCAGAUAAAACUGGUACACUUACUGAAAAUAAGAUGGAGUUUCAAUGUGCAAGCAUACGAGGAGUCGAUUACAGUUCCACAAACACCAGCACGGAGAAUGAACUAGGUGAAUACUCAGUGCAAGUUGAUGGAAAGAUCUUAAAACCAAAGAUGAAGGUGAAAGUUAAUCCAGAGCUUUUGCAAUUGGCAAGAAAUGGAGUUGAAAAUGUGGAAGGAAAAAGGAUUUAUGAUUUCUUUCUAGCACUUGCAACCUGCAAUACUAUUGUGCCUAUUGUUGUUGACACGCCCGAUCCUGAUGUCAAGCUGUUAGAUUACCAAGGUGAAUCACCUGAUGAACAAGCAUUGGCGUAUGCAGCUGCUGCCUAUGGUUUUAUGCUUAUCGAACGAACCUCCGGCCACAUAGUCAUUGAUAUUCAUGGACAAAGACUCAAGUUCAAUGUCUUGGGUUUACAUGAAUUUGACAGCGAUAGAAAAAGAAUGUCGGUUAUAUUAGGCUACCCGGACAGUUCAGUUAAACUCUUUGUCAAAGGAGCAGACACAGCCAUGUUUAGUGUAAUGGACAAAUCACACAACAUGGAUGUAAUAAAAGCGACAGAAACUCAUCUUCAUUCUUACUCUUCCCUAGGUUUAAGAACACUUGUUAUUGGAAUGAAAGAGCUAAGCACUUCAGAGUUUGAGCAAUGGCAUACAGCUUAUGAAGCAGCAAGCACUGCAGUAUUUGGAAGGGCUGCACUGCUUAAAAAAAUUUCAAACCAUGUCGAAAACAAUGUUUUCAUAUUAGGAGCAUCUGCUAUUGAAGAUAAACUUCAACAAGGCGUGCCGGAAGCAAUUGAGUCGCUAAGAGCAGCAGGGAUUAAAGUUUGGGUUUUGACUGGUGACAAACAAGAAACUGCUAUAUCUAUUGGAUUCUCAUCAAAACUUUUGACAAGAAACAUGACUCAAAUUAUUAUUAAUAGUAAUAGUAAAGUGUCAUGUAGAAAAAGUCUCAAAGAUGCUCUUGAAAGGUCUAGAAAACUUGACGCAGUUGCAACACAGAUAGCUUUGAUUAUUGAUGGUGGAAGCCUUGUACACAUUCUUGACAGUGAACAUGAGGAAGAGCUGUUUCAACUUGCAAGUUUGUGUUCUGUCGUUCUUUGUUGUCGAGUGGCUCCACUGCAAAAGGCUGGUAUUGUUUCCCUUGUGAAGAAAAGAACAUCUGACAUGACACUAGCCAUUGGUGAUGGUGCUAAUGAUGUAUCAAUGAUUCAAAUGGCUGAUGUUGGAGUUGGUAUAAGUGGACAAGAGGGUAGGCAAGCUGUGAUGGCAUCAGAUUUUGCAAUGGGACAGUUUAGGUUUUUAGUUCCUCUCUUAUUGAUACAUGGUCACUGGAAUUACCAAAGGCUUGGUUACAUGAUACUAUACAAUUUCUACAGAAAUGCAGUCCUUGUUCUUGUCCUAUUUUGGUAUGUUCUCUACACUGCUUUCACUUCAACAACUGCAAUAAAUGAAUGGAGCUCCACAUUGUACUCAAUAAUCUACAGUGCACUUCCAACUAUUAUUGUUGGAAUUCUUGACAAAGAUCUUAGUAGAAGCACUCUCCUAAAGUAUCCUCAACUUUAUAGUGCUGGACAAAGAGAUGAAGCCUACAACAAGAAAUUGUUUAUGUUAACAAUGGUUGAUACUUUGUGGCAAAGCAUGGUUGUAUUUUGGCCUCCACUCUUUGCAUAUUGGAAAAGUACUAUUGAUAUAGCAAGCAUAGGAGACCUUUGGACUCUUGCAGUGGUUAUUUUGGUCAAUUUACAUUUGGCUAUGGAUGUUGUUAGAUGGUAUUGGGUGACUCAUGCUGUCAUUUGGGGAUCUAUUCUUGCUACAUUCAUUUCUGUCAUGAUCAUUGAUGCUAUACCUCAACUUCCUGGUUACUGGGCCUUCUUUCAUGUUUCAAGCACUGGACUGUUCUGGGCAUUGUUGCUAGGAAUUGUCAUAGCAGCAUUGCUUCCACGUUUGGUUGUAAAAUAUAUUUAUCAAUAUUAUUUUCCUAGUGAUAUUCAAAUUUCUAGAGAAGCUGAAAAGAUGAGAGAAUAUCAAAGAGUUGCUGAAAAUGGACAAAUAGAAAUGCUUCCUAUAUCAUAUCAUCAACCAAGAUAAGAGAAAUAAUCAAUUUUUUUUUUAUUUUGUUAAUUUUGUAAAGUUGCAUAUACUUUAGGAUACUUCAUAGUAUUUCUCUAUGUUGCGGAUUUCAUUGUUAACUAUCCGAAGGAUAGAGUUUUUUUUUGUUACACUUUAGAGUUUUGUUAUGUUUUCAUUCUUCUAUGUCCAUAGUUUUUUUUUUUUUUUUUUUAGGGACGUGUGUCCAUUGUUUGUUAUGUUGUAAAUUACCAUUGAUUAUAGAAGGAAGGAAAUAUUUGAUUACA